AUGGAUCUUUACCGGGCAACAUUCGCAGGAUUGUUGUUGUUGAACAGCUGUGUGCUUUUGCAAACAUAUCGCUCACGCCAAGUCAACUCUCCAGAUGCCGCGACCCCAGAGAAAGUUGAGCACCGAGGUCGCGUGGAAUCUGACAGAGAAAGUCUGCGAAAACUUAAAUGGCGUUUCUUCCCGAUAUAUCUGCUCGUCAAUGCUGCAGAUUGGCUCCAAGGUCCAUAUAUCUAUCCAAUCUACAAAGACGAAAAAGGUUUGUCAGAAGAAACCGUCGCAUUUCUCUUCCUUAUUGGAUUCGUCUCAGCCGGUGUGUCCGCCUCGUUUGCGGGAACGUUUGCGGAUCGCUACGGCCGUCGAACAGCAUGUUUAGCAUACUGCGUACUGUACUCAUUCUCUAGCUUCACUCUACUUGCCGACGACAUCCGAAUACUCUUCGUAGGUCGCGUACUUGGAGGAGUUUGUGGAACUCUGCUGUGGAGCGUAUUCGAAAGCUGGCUGGUUGCGGAGUUCAACCAGCUCAUGCUGGAGGACACAUCAGUGCUCGGUGGUAUCUUCAGCGCAAUGACUAUUCUCAACAGCCUUGUCGCCAUUUGCGCCGGAAUCCUAGCAGAGUGGCUGGUUGGUACAGCAGGUACUGCUAAGGCGCCCUUCCUCGCCUCUAUCGGAUGCCUCUCUGCAGCAUUUGUUGCGAUUGCAAAGUUUUGGGGCGAGAAUUACGGUGCUAGCCAUCGUGAUGCAUCUGAGAACGCAACACUGCUUCAACAAGAAGAAGCAGAGACGGUACAAUCGACCAUGAGCACUACAAAGUCGACUUUGAAGUAUAUUUUGAGAGAUACGAACAUACUUGUGCUCGCCUUAGCAUCAUGCUUUUUUGAAGGAUCCUUGUUCCUAUUCAUCUUCUUCAAGUUCCCAGCAUUGAAGUUGUCACAUAAGCUGGCAGGCUCGAAAGAAGAACUUCCCUUUGGCCUGAUCUUCGCGAUUCUCAUGUGCUCCAUGAUGCUUGGAUCUUUGCUCUACAACAACAUCACGACGGCAUCCACAACCUUCCCAGCAAAGAGAGUUCUUAUAGGUACCCUGACGGUUGCUUCUGCGUGUUUCUUCAUUCCUGGCCACUUCCGCGAUGAGCGUAUCACACUGUGGUGUUUCUGCGUGUUUGAACUUUGCUGCGGUGUCUACUACCCGGUCAUGGCAUCGAUCAAGGGUAAGCUCAUAGACGAUAGUUCACGAGCGAGCGUGUAUACGGUGCUGCGCAUUCCGCUCAAUGCUUUCGUCGUGCUUGCGUUGAGCACGACCAAAGAAGGCGAAUCACACCGCGAUACCGUGUUUACAACAUGCAGCGGUUUGUUGUUGGUAGCCGCGCUUGCUGUGCACAAGAUCCUGGCUUAG